CCGCUGUGUGACGGAACACCCAGUUACGCCUCGUGCAUCCUCCCUUCUACCGUUGUGCGCGUUGUCCGGUGCCGGUGAGCUAAACCACGCAGCAAAGAUGAUGGGCCGACCGGUUCUCGUGCUUAGUCAAAACGUCAAAAGAGAGUCUGGGCGGAAGGUCCAAGUAGGAAACAUCAGUGCUGCCAAGACCAUAGCAGAUGUCAUCAGAACAUGUCUGGGACCAAGGGCUAUGAUGAAGAUGCUUCUGGAUCCCAUGGGUGGUAUUGUCAUGACCAAUGAUGGCAAUGCCAUUCUAAGAGAGAUCCAAGUCCAGCAUCCUGCUGCCAAAUCCAUGAUUGAAAUCAGUCGUACACAGGAUGAAGAGGUUGGAGAUGGGACCACCUCUGUAAUUAUUCUGGCGGGUGAGAUGCUGUCAGUGGCUGAGCAGUUUUUGGAACAGCAGAUGCAUCCUACUGUUGUGAUCAGUGCAUACAGACAGGCUCUGGAUGACAUGUUGAACCUGCUCAAAGAAAUCAGCACUCCAGUAGAUGUGAAUAAUCGGGAUAUGAUGCUGAUGAUUAUAAACUCAGCCAUCAACACCAAAGCUCUGAGCCGCUGGUCCACCCUGGCUUGUAACAUUGCUCUGGACGCAGUUCGUACUGUUGAGCUCGAGGCGAACGGACGCAAGGAGAUUGACAUUAAGAACUAUGCCAAAGUUGAAAAGGUGCCUGGUGGCUUUAUCGAGGACUCGUGCGUGCUAAAGGGCGUGAUGGUAAAUAAGGAUGUAACGCAUCCCCGUAUGCGAAGGCUCAUCAAGAACCCCAGAAUUGUUCUGCUGGACUGCUCUUUGGAGUACAAGAAGGGUGAAAGUCAGACUGAUAUUGAGAUCACUCGUGAGGAAGACUUUUCCCGCAUCCUGCAAAUGGAAGAAGAGUACAUUCAGCACAUCUGUGAGGACAUUAUUCGUCUCAAACCUGACCUGGUCUUCACGGAGAAAGGCAUCUCCGAUCUGGCUCAGCACUAUCUGGUGAAAGCGAACAUCACUGCAAUCCGUCGUAUCAGAAAGACUGACAACAACCGUAUUGCAAGAGCAUGUGGGGCACGUAUUGCCAGCAGGACAGAUGAGCUCCGUGAAGAGGAUGUAGGUACAGGAGCUGGACUGUUUGAAGUGAAGAAGAUUGGUGAUGAAUAUUUUACCUUCGUGACGGAGUGUAAAGACCCAAAAGCCUGUACCAUCCUUCUGAGAGGAGCCAGCAAGGAGAUCUUGGCGGAAGUGGAGCGGAACUUACAGGAUGCCAUGCAGGUGUGUCGUAACGUCCUGCUGGACCCUAAUCUCUUGCCAGGUGGCGGAGCAGUGGAGAUGGCAGUGUCUCAUCGGCUGACAGAGCGUUCACGAACAAUGACGGGUGUAGAGCAGUGGCCGUACCGGGCUGUAGCACAGGCACUGGAGGUUAUCCCACGUACACUCAUCCAAAACUGUGGAGCCUCCGCAAUACGUGUGCUCACUGCUCUCAGAGCCAAGCACACCCAGGAGGGAAGCACUUCAUGGGGGGUCAAUGGAGAGACGGGAACCCUGGCUGAUAUGGAGCAACUGGGGAUCUGGGAACCUCUGGCAGUUAAAGCCCAAACAUACAAGACAGCAGUGGAGACGGCCGUCCUGUUACUCCGCAUUGAUGACAUUGUUUCUGGUCAUAAGAAGAAGGGAGGGGACCAGUCAGGUGGAGCACCGAUGGAGGACAGGGAGUAGAGGAACUAGACACAGGGAAAAGAAAGAGAAUGAAGGAAGAAGAGUACAAAAGGACAGUUGUGAGAAAACCGCUCGCAAAUGAUGCUGGCAAAUGAUAAAUGGAAUGAAGCAAAUAUAUUCACAUUUGUGUGCAAAACAUGGUUCUCGAGCAAAUGUUUUCUAAAAGCCACUUGCACUUUGUGCUGUAUCAUUAGGCCAGAAGCUCUUCUACCCUCAUUUAGUUUUUCCUCUGGCAAAUGAAACAACCCUGGAUUGGAUUAGGAUGUGUUUGUGCUAGUAUCACUGUACUUCACUAUACUGGUAUUGUUACUUUGUAUUUCCUACCGGUUAUAAAUGUAAAAUCUGA